CGCAUCCUCUAGGUCUUUGAAUUGUAUCAGCCCUUUCGACCUUUAAUUCCUCCCUCUUGUUUGUACAGUACAUCCAUCAUUGAUUGCGCAGGACGUGUACAUGUACAAACUGCCCUGAAGUGCCUACGCGUAUCUGCCUGUCACACUGAUUGGCGACUGCCUUUUUUCCGAUCAAAAUCUGGCGCUAUUCGGUCUCAUCGUCAUCAUUUGUGCCCCCGAACCAUCAGCAGCGGCACAGUGGUAGUUCUUUCACUUUUCGCCUGUUCCUUUGGCUGCCUGCAACCUCUAUUUCAGACAGUCGAUCAAACACACCAAGCAAGAUAAUAUUCUUUCCAUCUCAUUAUUCUGCACACCUCCGUGGCGACAUCUACUCCAAUUCAACUCAUCAUCUGCAAACACAUCGCAUCACCAUUCCGGCCUCUGCGUUUAUCAACUCCCGGAGACUCCACUGCGCCUCAGACACCCCUGCUCUGCUGGCCCUGAAACAGAUCCUCACUACUUGCUACAUCCCUGUCCAAUCCCCGCCACCCGGUCGACCAUUCAACAUUCACUGACUUCCUCCACGUCCACUGUCCACCGUCUGUCUCAUCUCGUCUUCGAGUAAUCUUCGCUCAUAAUCAGACUUGCCAACAACUGCCACACCGAGCACCAUCACUCGUUUCUGCAUCUUACAUCCACUCCCUUUGGCUCUGAGAGUGUUUAUCCCAUCGUUCUUUCCAAUAUUCACCAGCAUCAGCUCCCAACACCACCCAGACGCCGCCUGAUCCCUACAGGAGAUUGCCAGCGGUUCCACGCCAGCCUCUGAUCUCAUCCGGAUAUCCGUUAUCUCAAUCUCCACAACUACGGCCCAGGUCGACUCGACCCGCCGCCAUGACAACUACAUCCCCUCCAAUCUCUCCCCAGCCUCACGGCUUGGAGCCUCGUCCUGGGGCCCAAACCUCGAUGAGUUAUACCUCGAACCGUUCUCGCCGUAGUAGCGCUUCUGGCCACAAGCUCGAGUUGACCGAGAGUCAUAAAGACAAGAAGAGAUUACACACAAAGGCAGACCCUUCAAGAGCGUUGAACGAAGCCACUCCAGGUAUGUCUGCGUGCUCUCGCUCUCUAUACCAUCACUGACAUGACGCGUUCAAAAUAGCCGAAGAAGCGCAAGAGCAUGCUACUGUAGAUGACUUGCGAACCAUCAUGCACAAAGACUUGGACGGAAAUGUCAUCACUGACCCUGACCGUUCAAAUCCUACCCGACAUCGCUUGGAACGACCCCUCGACACGAUCCGAUCAUUCAACGCCGCUGCCGAGGGCACCAGCUCCCGUCGUUCCUCCUAUGGCAGAGCUCCAUCGCAGAUGAGCUACAACAAUGACAGUCGCCGAGCGAGUUACUACUCACAGAAUGGGUACUCGCCUCCGCGCCCACAGCGCCCUGCUGUUGGGGGUGGAUACUACCGCAAUAGCUCCUACGGAUUUGGCCCUCAAAGCUCGGUUGAAGAAGAACCUGGAUCAGCCAACAUCUACGGUCGGAACAUGCGUCAACCGUCAAAUCCAUAUUUUGCUGGACAACAUGUGCCUCAAGGCUAUCAGAACGGUUAUGGAACGCCAGCGCAGUUUGCAAACCAUGACAGCCCGACGUCGGCCCACUCAUACCAGCAUUCGUACGAAACCGCUACUUCAGGAUCGGAUGACAACAGCAAAUCCACCAACCCCAGUUCACAAAACAGUUCCAAUGAUCAACUACACCAUCUCCGCAAGCCUGACGAGUACAACUGUUUCAACAACGACACACGAUUCAAUCAGCCUUCUUUUGGUCAAUCUCAGCAUGUCCCUUACUCGUCUGGCAAUCCAUAUGGACCAGAUGCGGUGCAGAGUCCCUCCAUGUAUGGCGACCAGUAUGGAUCACCCAGCACUCGGACCCCGAUCCCCCUGAACAGCCCCGGCACCGUCCAGAGCGAUGCUCCACCUCCUCCACCAGCUAAGCGACAGAGUUGGAUCAAGCGCAGGUUCAGUAAGCGUGACACCUGAUCUCAUAGGUUGGCAGAAAAAGUCGAAGACCGAGUGGGAAGGGUCAUUCUUUGUCCGGCGUACACGAAAUACACGAUUGGGAGUUUUUGUCUGUCUUGUUGGUAACAAGACGGGGUGAUUUGCAUCAGUUAUACAGCUCAUCAUUGGAGCCUCUGGUUGACGAUUAAUGCUUGAUGUAAUAUUGCAGAUGUUGGCAUGAUCGACAGCUGUAAGAUGGUGAGAAUGUGGAUGACGAGUUGAAAUAUUCCGACGACGCGUUCUAGUGACGCGGGCUGACCUGGUGUCGGUUGUUGAGCUGGGUGGGUGAGGACUCAGGAGGUGCCAUGAUGGUAAUAUGCACAGGUUAGGAGAUAUCCAUAGGCGCACACGCGAGAUGGACUCAGUGUCAUGAAUAUAACCCAGUGACCCCACACA